AUGCCUCGCGGUGUCGAACUUCUGUUGUUGGCCGCUUUAGUUGCCGGUCACGGCCACAUUAGCAACGUCGUCAUCAAUGGCGUCUCCUACGACGGAUGGGAUAUCAGCGUGGAUCCCUACGAGACAGAUCCACCGGUCGUCAUCGCCUGGGAAACCCCAAAUACCUCUAAUGGGUUCAUUAUGCCUGAUCAAUACGGCACCUCGGAUAUUAUCUGCCAUCUCAAUGCAACCAACGCCAAGGGGCACGCGGUGGUCGCUGCUGGCGAUAAGGUCAACUUGCAAUGGACUACAUGGCCAGACACUCAUCAUGGACCUGUCAUCACCUACCUGGCCAAUUGCGGCGAUAGCUGCGAGACAGUUGACAAGACUAAAUUGGAAUUUUUCAAGAUUGACGCCGUUGGUCUAGUUGAUGACAGUGUGGUUCCCGGUACGUGGGGAAACGAUCAACUGAUCGCGAACAAUAACAGCUGGCUUGUCGAGAUCCCCCCUACAAUCGCACCCGGGUACUAUGUGCUGCGCAACGAGUUGAUCGCCCUCCAUAGCGCGGGAACAGCGGACGGCGCACAGAACUAUCCUCAAUGCAUCAAUCUCCAAAUCACCGGCUCGGGAACUGACCAGCCUUCGGGUGUGCUGGGUACUGCGCUUUAUAGUGAAACGGAUCCUGGUAUCCUCGUCAACAUAUUCACGUCUCUGUCCACCUAUAUUGUCCCAGGACCAACCCUUUACAGUGGGGCUGUGUCUGUUUCACAGUCCUCAUCGAGUAUUACUGCAUCUGGAACUCCGGUGACUGGGACCGGCGGAGUCGCUCCGACUACUACUAUAUCCAGUAAAACCUCAACUACAACAACCCGGCCAACAACCUUGACGACAACCACAGGCGGCAAGACUACUACCACCACUACCACCACCACCACCACCAGUACCCGUACCAGUACUACUACUCAAGGUAGUUCUACCCAAACUGUAUAUGGUCAAUGCGGGGGAUCGGGUUGGUCUGGAUUCACGGCUUGCAAUGUGCAGGCGACCUGCUCUUCCUUGAAUCCAUAUUACUCCCAAUGUGUUCCUACAGCUGUUUAG